AGCCUAAUUAUUGUAAUGCAGAGGAGUAACGCCUCCAAUCCAGCGCCAGUUUUGCCCCGACUGUUUCCUGGAUUUUACCGCAAACUAGUAGAACAUCUAUUGGAGUAGUAUUGUAUUAGCAUCUUUUUUCGUUCGUCUUCCCUACACCCCGCCGCCUCCGCCCUCUACUCCCUGUAGGCACCCUAGAGAAGCAAGGUUGCACAAACCCUCCGAUCAACUUCGGCCUUUUUUCAAUAACCUCUCUCUUUCUGGAAAAAGGAGCACAUUGGGAGAUAUAGUCUUUGCCAUCCUAUUUUGUUGCUGCUUGUAGACUCGAGCUGGUUGCUAGCAGAAUAAGACCACAAGCUCAUUAUUUGAAGCAAUAAGCUCUUAUUACGAGGCUGGCAAUUAAAAUGGAGUCCAAAGCCAGUCACUCCGCAGGUCACCUAGAAGAGCCUAUUAUUCCACAAAAUGACAUUAUUGAGGAUGAUGAUGCUCCAAUGCUGAGUACCUAUGCUAUGGAAGCACUCAAAGAGUUCCUGGCCGAGCAGAAUCACUCUACCAUCCAGGAAUCUUCAGCAGAGGUGGAGGAGGAAGAGGUGGCGCUGGUGACAGAAGACUGGCGGCUCAGCCAGUUCUGGUAUGACAGGGAGACUGCUGAGACAGUAGCCAAAGAAGUUCUAACUCUCUGUCACUCCUUUGAUCCCCCUUCGGUUGCCUGCAUUGCUUGCCCCACUCUGUAUGCAUACCUCAAGAAAAUUAAUUCUGGAGUACCUGCUCAACUUCUUGAGUAUGACAAACGAUUUGAGCAGUACGGAAGCGAAUUCACAUUUUACGACUACAAUUGGCCUGAAGAUAUACCGGCAUCAUUGAACCAUUCAUUUCCAAUAGUAGUUGCUGAUCCUCCUUACUUGAGCAAGGAAUGCUUGGAGAAAGUUACUCAAACAAUUUCUUUCCUCUUGAGACCCGGAAAAUCCUUUCUGCUAUUACUCACUGGUGAGGUGCAGAAAGAUAACGCUGCAGAGCUUCUUGGUUUACAUCCUUGUGGUUUUCGACCUCAGCAUUCCAGCAAACUUGGCAAUGAGUUUCGAUUGUUCACCAACUAUGAUCCUGGGACAAGACUUGGCGGGUGGGAGCAGGAGCAGUAGAUUCCUUGGCGUUAAUCUUAUCACAAUGUUGUAAUGCCUCUGCUUGGGAUCAUUUGAUGUGGUUAACCUUGGGCCUGUCGAGGCUGCUCAGUCUCAGAGUGCAUGGAAAUUGGAAGGCACGCAAACAAAAUGUAGCUUGUUCAUGCUCAAAAAGAGGAUGAGGAAAAGCUGGAUACAGUUUACUGGUGCUAAUGGAAAAAUGCAGUUUGCCUUUGAAACGGACAUGGGCCUCUUUCUGGUCCUUUGAGCAGUUGAGAUUAUGAUGUCUGUAAUGUUAAUUUUCCCUUUACAAUUCUGAUCUGGUUUUAUCAACUUGUUGCAUGUUUCAAUUGCCACCACUGAUGCUUGGUGGAUGGUGAUAACAAGGUGAUUAACAGAGGUUUUGUCUA